UUCUAUUUGUUCGCCCUGUCUCUUUUACUCAUCAUCCAAAAGCACGAUGAAUCCGGACCCGAAAAAAAAUCCGGCCUAUCAGACCAAACUUGACGAAGCUCCAGCCCCCCAACCUUCUGCCGAUUACGCUCCGUAUCCGAAACUUGACCUUAAAGAUGUCGCUCCUGUCACUGACACGUGGAGCUCUGUCCCUGUGGGAUCGGAAUCCCACGGCUCGGGUAAUAAUAACACACCUAGGUCUCCGUCGGCUGCUGAAGGCCCGCCUCCGAUUUCCGGCGCCGCCACAACCACCAUGCCUGCCGAAUCCAAUCCCUACGUUUCCUCUGCUCCCGUCCCAGGAUCGUCUUCCUCAAAGAUAAAGGAUGUAUUGGGUAAAUGGGGAAAGAAGGCGGCGGAGGCUACUAAGAAGGCCGAGGACUUGGCUGGAAACAUGUGGCAACACUUAAAAACAGGCCCAAGUUUGGCAGAUGCUACUGUUGGAAGAAUAGCACAGAGCACGAAGGUAUUGGCAGAAGGUGGAUACGAAAAGGUCUUCUGUCAGACAUUUGAGACCAUUGCUGAUGAGAAACUUCUAAAGUACUAUGCGUGCUACUUAUCUACUUCUGCUGGACCUAUCAUGGGAGUUCUGUAUUACUCAACUGCAAAACUAGCAUUUUGUAGCGAUAGUCCUCUUUCAUAUAAAGUGGGUGAGGAGACACAGUGGAGCUAUUACAAGGUGGUUGUUCCUCUGUAUCAGCUAAAAGCAGUUAAUCCUUCAAAGAGCAAAGUCAAUCCAGCUGAAAAAUACAUUCAGAUUAUUUCAGUUGACAAUCAUGAGUUCUGGUUCAUGGGAUUCUUGAACUAUGAUAGUGCAGUGAAUAAUAUACAAGGUGCUUUGGAGGCUCAUCACUAGUCGAGAGGAUAUCCGAAUAUAUCAGAUCAUGUAUGUUUAAAAUUAUCAGUUGCGUGUGGUCGAGGAUAUGCUUUAUUUCGCAGCUUGCCUGGUAUUCAGCUAUUGUUUAUUCAUCUUAGCGAUAUGCAUUGUCGUGGUAAAUAGCAACUUGGUGUGUACAUUUGUUUUGUCAUGACUACCUAAAUGAUUAUGUCUGCAAGUUAAUUUGUCCUCCCUUUUGAGUUCACUGUAGUUUCAUUUUUCUUUUUUGCUUUUGAUUUCUUCAAUUGAUUUUCGUGGCUUU